UGUACAUUGUUGAAAGAAAAAUCAGGGUCAGUAUUUUAAGCAAGAAAAACAAAAGGAGAAUUGUGGAGUCUUUGUCUGUGCUUCAAAUUCUUAUCAAAGACAAACAUAACCCACCAUCAAUCAAAUCAUCUAUAAACGCAUACGGCAUAACCCCACCAGUUAUACUUUGUGAAAAACUUUUUCUUCUAAAAAAUUUGGAACAAAGCAGACAGUAAUAAUCAUAUAUCUUCCAAGAUUAUCGGUAAAUAAUGGAUAUUGAUCCCAAGCAAUACGAAGACAUUGCUGUCAAUGACAAUGAUAUUCACAACAUUGUCAUGUCAUAUCUCGCGCAUAAUUGCUUCACAGACACGUUGGAAUCUUUUACUGCCUCCACUGGCAUGAAGCAGACUGCUAAUCAUCUGGAGGAUAUGGAGAAGAGAAAAAGGAUUUAUCAUUUGGCAUUAGAGGGGUGUGUACUGAAGGCCAUUGAACUUACAGAGCAGUUCGCUCCUGACUUAUUAGAGAAAAAUAAGGAUCUUCAUUUUGAUCUCUUGAGCCUUCAUUUUGUUGGACUUGUCUGCUCAAGAAAAUGCACAGAAGCUCUGGAAUUUGCACAGGCAAAGUUGGCUCCUUUUGGAAAGGUGCAGAAAUAUGUUGAAAAGCUUGAGGACUUCAUGGCUUUAUUAGCUUAUAGCGAACCAGAAAAGUCACCCAUGUUUCAUCUAUUAAGCUUGGAGUACAGACAGCAAGUUGCCGAUAGUUUGAAUAGAGCAAUACUUGCACAUUCAAACCUCCCCAGCUAUUCUGCGGUUGAAAGGUUGAUGCAGCAGACAACUGUCGUAAGGCAAUGCUUAAGUCAAGAAUCCAGUAAGGAAGGGCAUCCACCAUUUUCUUUGAAAGACUUUCUUAAGAGCUAGGUGAGCUGAUUUAGGAGCAUGAUUCCAGCCCCCGGGGGAGCAAUUACUGCACCUUGAAGUCCAUUCGCAGCUAGAUUCACAUUGCCAACUUUCGGAAAGCAAAAAUUGGGAUGGCUGAUUAUGGGUUGUCUGACGUUUUUAAGACCUCACGAAUCAGUCCUUGGGGCAACUGUGAGAGUAUUAAAGUUUUACUGAAUACCACGAUACCACUUGUGGCGAUUUGUUUAUGCUUAGAAUGUCAUAAGUGAAUGUGUUAGUCAAAUGCUUUGUUUAAAUGCUAAUUCAUUUGCGCUCGACAUGAGAAGAUUAGUUUAAAAGGUGAUGGUAAAUAAAUGAUCGAUAAGUAGAUUGUCU